AAUCAGAUUAAUGACCUACAUAAUAAUCAGAUUAAUGAUCUAAAUAAUAAUCAGACUGAUGACCUACAUAAUAAUCAGAGUGAUGACCUAUAUAAUAUUAAGAUUGAUGGCCUUCACAAUUAUCAGACUGAUGACCUACACAAUAAUCAGAUUGAUGACCAACAUAAUAAUCAGAGUGAUGACUUAUAUAAUAAUCAGAUUAAUGACCUACACAAUAAUCAGACUGAUGACCUACACAAUAAUCAGAUUGAUGACCAACAUUAUAAUCAGACUGAUGACCUACAUAAUAAUCAGAAUAAUGACCUAUAUAAUAAUCAGAUUAAUGACCUAUAUAAUGAUCAGAUGGAUGACCUACAUAAUAAACAGACUGAUGACCUACAUAAUAAUCAGAUUAAUGACCUAUAUAAUGAUCAGAUGGAUGACCUACAUAAUAAACAGAUUGAUGACCUACAUAAUAAUCAGUUUGAUGGCUUACAUAAUAAUCAGAUUAAUGACCUAUAUAAUGAUCAGACUAAUGACCUACAUAGCAAUCAGAUUAAUGACCUAUAUAAUAAUCAGAUGGAUGACCCACAAAUCAAUAAGACUGAUGACCUACAUAGUAAUCAGAUUGAUGACCUACAUAAUAAUCAGAUUAAUGACCUACAUAAUGAACAAACUGGUGACCUACAUAAUAAUCAGACUGAUGACCUAUAUAAUAAUCAGAUUGAUGACCUACAUAAUAAUCAGAUUGAUGACCUAUAUAAUAAUCAGAUUGAUGACCUACAUAAUAAUCAGACUGAUGACCUAUAUAAUAAUCAGAUUGAUGACCUACAUAAUAAUCAGACUGAUGACCUAUAUAAUAAUCAGAUUGAUGACCUACAAUUGAGCAUAAAAACUUACGUUGACAAUCCGUUUUGUUAG